AUGUUUGCAGACUUGUUGGCCACAACCUCAUGUCACGCUGGCGACCGCAGCAGCGACGUGGUGGUCUCCCCGGUUUCACCACCUUUUUCUCCGCGCUGCACUUCGGCGUCUUCGUCCGCCGGAAGCAGCAGUGGCUGCCGCCGCCGCCCACUUUCUGACGACGGCGAUGGUGGCUCCUACCCACGCGUCUCGCCCUUCGUGGGCACCGCGUACCCGUCUGCACACCCGGAUGGUCGAGCGCGGCGGCCUGGCUUCUCUGAGUGCCUGAGCCCCCUUAGCAUCCCUGAAGGGUGCGCAUCAUCGACAACGGCCAUGGUCAGCUCAUCCAGUAGCCACCCAGAAGGACACAGCUUGUCGUUGGGGGGCACCAGCGAGCCGCCACCGAGGGAAUCAUCCGGUGACACGCCAGGAAACACCCUGGAGGGAUACAUCCCGACGUCGGACUCUUUUUCUUCGCACCGCGGCGAUAGUGCACGCCCGCCGCCGUCGAGCACGCCUACGCUAUCGCUCUAUGACCAUGGGCAGCAGGCGUCGGAGGUUGCGUCUUCCACCCCAUCUCGCGGAGCCACUGCUCUUCUCCCUGAGGACGGCGCCAGUCCAGCGCUGGACAGCGUGGAAUCCAGCGCCAAUGGUGCGGGCUUCGUCGUGAUGCGCAGUGGAACACGCGAGGGUGGACAACAAAGCCCCCAAUUGUUUUCUUCAUCGAAGUCGUCGCCUCCAUCCUCCAUGCCGUGUGCGCCACCGCUUGGGCAGCCGACAGCAGGUGCUGUGGUGGUUGAGAAGUACGCACCGGCGCUGCAGACACCAGCCAGUCCGCUGCGGUUCAGCGUCUUGUACACGGAGGAAGAGCACCGCGUGCGGCUUGAGACGCGCGAGACGGAGGAGCGACGAUGCCUUUAUCAAGCGCACAAGGCUGUACUCUCAGUUUACCACAUGUGGACAGCAGCGGGUGCCGACGCGGACUACGGUGACGGUGACAGACUGUUGCUGACGUCUUCGCGAAUGGGUGAUGGUGCGUCGACGCGGUUUCUUGAGGACAACUGCUACCCGAAAGCUCCAAACACGCCGAAUGCGCAGGCUGCUGGCUCCAGGGCGCAGCCCUCUGCUCUCGCGACCGCGACCGCCGCCAACGCCGUUGCCACAGAACGGGUGCGUUCCUUUUUGAAGUCGUCUAUUGACAGUGCCCGAGGUCGGCGUUGCGUCGGGGCUGGCCAGGAAGGCGACGCCGCUAUUUGCGUGCUACCGCACCGAUCCACGACAAUCCGCAUCACAUACGCAGACUCUGAUGCCGAAGCACUCCGCGGCUCGCCUGGUCACGGGCCUCACCCACAGGCGUCCCAUUCUUCUUCACCUGCUGCAUCUCGCAUGUUGGACUACUCCUCCGUGCAUAUGCCCGGGGCAGCAUCAUCGCUCAUGCACACUUCAAGUGAGCCGCCGUCAUUGGUCCACCAAGCACGGUUGUUCUCGCCCUGGCGCGCCACCCGCACCGAUCAGCACGAUGCGGCGGUGCGACGUGCGGUAGGAAAGCCAGACGUGCAUCUAGAACCUCGUACAGCUCGGGACGACAGUCGGGGUCUACCUCAAAGGAGGCCAAGGACGUCUCUAGUGCCGCACCUGGUGAGCACAUCACCUGCUGCCGUUCACCUCUCAUCUGCUUCUCACUCUCUCGGCGCAUCAUCCGCGGCACUGCGGCGGCGCGGCCUGCUCGAGCCGCGGCUGUCGGCGGACACCGCAGCGCCUCGCGAGGAUCUGCCAAGAAGCGCCGUCCUGCCCGCUGCACGCGCUGCCGCUGCCGCGCGAGCCCCGUCACCGUCGCUUCGCGCGGUCUUGUCCGCCGGCGUGGGGAGCUUUUCAAGUCCCUCCGCAGCUCAGAGGGUGGGGGGGCCUGAUGCGUCCCGGGGCACAUCGAGUCGUGCGUGGAAUGGUAGCGUGAAUCUGGUUUCCACCUCUGCCGCGAGUCGCCGCAUCAGCCCCUUCGCUGGCGAUGACACAACGAAUGAUCACGUUGCGGGAGGCUCCGUUGUCUACGCCUCCAACGAGUCGUUUCGACUCCGCCAGCGUGCUGCGUUGUCCGGCACCAGUAGCGGCGAGCUUCUGAGCAGCCCGCUGCAUGGCAUCGAUACGGAUCGGAGGACAUUACUGGCGGUGAAUCGCCUAAAGGACCAUCGCCGUGAGCGACUCAGCAGUUACGUUCACUACAAACGCUUCUUUGAUGCUGUCUACGGUGAGCAGAGCGCCUCACCACUGGCUUCGCGCGAGCUGGAUGGGCGGCACAGCAGUGCAGGGCGGACUAGUCCCGCGCCCUCGCGCACUGUGCGGACACGUCCAUCCAUGUCCUUUGACGUAGGUGACGGGGAUAAACAUGCGCGUGCGUGGCCGUGGCGGUCGUCUCUGUCCUCCUCCCUGUACCCACGAGCGCGCUCGCCUGAGCUCGUCGCUCGUCGCGACCUUCGCCCGUUUUCGCCACGCGGCUCAACGGCAGCCACGCGCUCCGCGGCGUCCCCAUCCAAAGUACCUACCACAUUUUGUGCGCGGCUCACGGGUGCCGCGGCUUCACUAAUUGUACCGACUGACACUACCCUCUUCGCUGCCCGUCUGACGCGCCUCUCCACGCUGGAGAAGCUAUGUCGCGCCGAGCUGCAGCGGCGCUGCAUGGAGGACCAAAGUCUCUUGCUGCACCACUUUAUUGUUGAAGGCACGGCAACCUUGCAGCGGGGCGGCCGUGCGACCGCCCCGCUGCACCGACACAGGCAGCGCGCGGCUGGGCGGCAUAACGGAGGCGUACCGAAUGCCCUCGGCGUGGACCUUCAUUCCGAAAGACGUGGAUGGGCUGUGAGCUCCAGUCAGCCGCUGGCUGGUAUACAUUUUUAG